AUGACCCAACCGCCGCCCCAACCGCACCUAACGCCACAAUUCUGUUUCUCGACAGGAUCGCUGAGAGACUUUCUUAGGCUAUCCCGUGCCAGCAUCGACGACUCAAUAACCCAAAACCUCAACGCGCUAGUGACACCUGCUCGAGCCGGGUUCGACCCCGCGUCAACAGCACAACGGACACCGCGCGCAUUCCCACGACAGAUAGACCCCCAGGCGUGCCAGAAUUUCAAGGACCAGACGCUGUUCCCAACAUGGCAUGCUCGCGCAGAGGUCCUGCACUACUGUGGGGUUGUUGCAACUAGUCCUGACCCCGACGAUCCGGAGGCUCUGCUGCGACAGAUCGAGCAGACCAAGGACAAGGAGCGGGUGGUUGAUGAGCGUCUGGACCCCUAUUCGGCGAGGUUCUUCCCACGGGAGCCCCGGACGGAGCAGCUGGCGAUGCUCAUACGACAGGAGAAAGGCGUCGAGAACAUUGUCCGGACGCGGACCUGGGGUAUGGUCAAGCAGAGAUGCGGCGAGUCCGUGGACACAUGGGAAGACGCUCUAGAGGGUUGGCGACGGAGGACCGGCGUGAAGGGAGACGAAUGA